AUGGACUCCGCAGAGCCAACUACGAACUCACAGCCCGACUCUAUGAGUCUCGAGGCCGACGAGGCCUCUGUAGAGAUAACCCUCAAAUUCCCUCCUGAAAAGCACACUCAAAAAUGGACCUUCUCCCCAACCGACACCUUCGAGCACCUCCUCCUAACCCUCUCCCUCGAGUUCCCCUCCUACGACUGGUCCAAAGCCAAAGCCCUCCUAGAGAAGCGCCAACCGGGCCUCAAAUCCAUCUACACCCCCUCGGAUGACUCGGCCCUCCCGCUCUCCACCCUCAACCACACCACCCUCCGUCUCCUCGCCCCGCAAACCUCCGCCCUCACCACCCUCCAAGACCAACGCAUCGCCGCCGAGACCUGGCAAGCCAAGCGCGCCCUCGCCCGCGCCCGCUACAGCCGGCUCCCCGCCCCCCAACAACGCACGACCGCCGACCUCACCCACACCUUCCACACGCUCCGCGCCCUCUCACACCUCCCCCACCCCUCCCGAAGCCUCGCCCUCCUCGAGCGCCUCAAAGCCGACCCGGGGAUCCGCGCCGCCAUGCGCAAGCACCAGUUCUCCGUGGGGCUCCUCACGGAGAUGGACCCGGCCAGCGCGACCGCCGCCAGCCACGAGGGCGUGACGCGCAUCCUGGGGCUCAACCGCAACCGCGGGGAAGUGGUCGAGCUGCGCCUGCGCACCGACGCCUACGACGGCUGGCGCGACUACCGCACCAUCCGCAAGACGCUGUGCCACGAGCUGGCCCACAACGUGCACUCGGAGCAUGAUAGCCACUUUUGGGCGCUGUGUCGCCAGAUUGAGGGGGAGGUGGAGAGGGCGGAUUGGACGCGGGGGGGGCGGGCGGUGGGGGCGGAGGAGUUUGCGCUGGAGAGGGGGGCCGGGGAGGAGUGGGAGGGAGGAGGCGGGAAUGCGGUAGUGCACGACACUGGGGGCUCUGGAAAUUGUUUGAAAUAG